UACUGUGCUGGCUUUCAACUGGCUGACAUUACAUUAUGGGGUUUUUGUUAAGGUUGGCGGUUGCUUUCUUAGUAUCAGUGGGGACAAGUAAAGUAAAUGCUAGGAGUGUGCCAUCAAGAACUUUUAAAUCUGACCUUUCCACUGAGGGGCCAGAGAAGCUGGGCUAUUCGGCUUGGAAGAAAAGGCUCUUUCAGCCCCAGGAGAAACAAGGCAUUAACUGGAAUCGGUUUCCCAAGUCCCAGUACAAAGUUGGUUUUACCCCUCAAGUCCAGCAACCAUGGUUUCAAGAAAAAUAUCCUUGUUCAAUUGGAACUUGGGUAGGUUCUUGUGAGCCAUCAAGGCUAUCCUUUGACUCCAAAUACCCAAUGGGAGGACCCGCCCUUCAGGUGCAGCCACAGUUCCCUGGAAAGUUUUCUUGUUCAAUGGGAUCUCAAGCAGGUCCUUGUGGUCUUGCGCUCCAAAGAGGUGGUCGCUUUCCUCAGGUGCAACCAUCAGUGCUUCCUGUAGAGCCCAAAUUUCCAAUAAGAGCUCCAGUCCCUGGGGUCCAGCCACCAAGGCUUCCUGGAGAGCCCAAUUAUCCAAUUGGAGGUCCCAUCCUUCAAAUGCAGCAACACUUUCCUGGAAAGUUUACUUGUUCAAUGGGAUCUCAAGCAGGUUCUUGUGUGCCAUUAAGGCCUUCUUUUGAUCCUACACUUCAAAGAGGUGGUCCCGUCCCUGUGGUCCAGCCACCGAGGUUUCCUGUAGAGCCCAAAUUUCCAAUAGGAGGUCCCGUCCCUGGGGUCCAGCCACCGAGGUUUCCUGUAGAGCCCAAAUUUCCAAUAGGAGGUCCCGUCCCUGGGGUCCAGCCACCGAGGUUUCCUGUAGAGCCCAAAUUUCCAAUAGGAGGUCCCGUCCCUGGGGUCCAGCCACCGAGGUUUCCUGUAGAGCCCAAAUUUCCAAUAGGAGGUCCCGUCCCUGGGGUCCAGCCACCGAGGUUUCCUGUAGAGCCCAAAUUUCCAAUAGGAGGUCCCGUCCCUGGGGUCCAGCCACCGAGGUUUCCUGUAGAGCCCAAAUUUCCAAUAGGAGGUCCCGUCCCUGGGGUCCAGUCACCGAGGUUUCCUGUAGAGCCCAAAUUUCCAAUAGGAGGUCCCGUCCCUGGGGUCCAGCCACCGAGGUUUCCUGUAGAGCCCAAAUUUCCAAUUGGAGGUCCCGUCCUUCAAAUGCAGCCACACUUUCCUGGAAUGUUUCCUUGUUCAAUGGGGACUGGAGCAGGUCCUUGCAGCCCACCAGGGCUUCCUUUUGAUCCUAGGCUCCAACGAAAUCGUGUCCCUCAGGUCCAGCCACCACACUCUUCUGGAAAGUUUCUUUGCUCAAGUGGGACUUCAACAGCUCCCUGUCUUUCACAUACAUUUGAUGCUGGGACCAUGCACCCUUCAACAAGUCAAAGCAAACAACUGCCUUCUACUGAAUCCCUCUACCCAGUAGGGGGCCCAGCAAGCCACAGAAUUGUGCCCCUGAUGUUCAACAUGAAGCCUAGAGAGGCUUCAAAAAGAACCUUGAACCAUGGAUAUCCACUAAAGAGUCCAGGCUGCAAGAGCGAAUGGCCAUUUCUGACUCCAAUUGCCUGUUAAGAUCUGAAUCAGGUGCAGUAGUGGUAAAGUCUGAAGGGUCAUUCAUCUUAAAAUAAAGCAAACUUUUC